UCCAGUAGAUGGCGGCAAAGAAAAUCAACAACAAAGUAUUCCAAGCUCCCUAUCCAACACAUUCUACCCAAGAUAACAUCAGAUUUAUAUUCCACAACCGACCAGCUGACGGUUUAAUAAGAAAAUGGACGCUUUUAAAGAGUUUUAAACACGUUUCGACUGCUUUAUAGUGAUCUCCAUGUAGGGGAACAAACCAAAUCCGGUGUGCGUUGUUGUUGUGGUUUAGCGGAGAGACUGUAAACUCCUGGCCGUGGAUCGGGCCUGUUUCAGCACAGAACCUAUUAAAGGUGCUUAAGAAGUCACAAUGUCGAUUUUGGGUCUAAAAAAGAAGCAGCCAAAGACUUUUAAAGUCAAAGUCGGCACCAUGGAUGCUGAAAUGGAGUUCAGUUGUGAGGUCAAAUGGAAAGGGAAAGAUUUGUUUGACCUGGUGUGCCGGACCAUUGGUUUGAGGGAAACGUGGUUCUUUGGUCUUCGAUACACAGUGAAAGACACCUAUGCCUGGCUGAAGCCUGAUAAACGGGUUUUGGAUCAAGAAGUUCCAAAGGACUCUCCGAUAACAUUUCAUUUUCUCGCCAAAUUCUUUCCCGAGAAAGUGGAGGAUGAGCUCGUUCAGGAAAUUACUCAGCACCUCUUCUUCUUACAAGUCAAAAAGCAGAUACUAGAUGAGGAGAUAUUUUGCUCUCCAGAAGCCUCUGUUCUUUUGGCGUCGUAUGCUGUUCAAGCCAAGUAUGGGGACUAUGAUCCAAACUUUCACAAGCCAGGGUUUUUAGCUCAAGAUGAACUUUUGCCCAAAAGAGUGCUGAUGCAGUACCAGAUGACAGCAGACAUGUGGGAAGAGAAGAUAACAGCUUGGUAUGCUGAACACAGAAAUAUCACAAGGGAUGAUGCUGAGAUGGAGUAUCUAAAAAUAGCACAGGAUCUAGAGAUGUAUGGAGUUAGUUACUUUUCUAUUACACAAAAUAAGAGGGACACAGAGCUGCUUCUUGGAGUUGAUGCUCAGGGUCUUCACAUCUACAGCCCCAACAACAAACUCAGCCCCAACAAAUCCUUCCCCUGGAGUGGAAUCCGAAACAUCUCCUACAGCGAGAAAGAGUUUACUAUCAAACCAUUGGAGAAGAAAAAGGACGUUUUUAAAUUCUACUCUUCUCAGCUCAGAGUUAACAAACUGAUCUUACAGCUGUGUAUUGGGAACCACGACCUGUUUAUGAGGAGGAGGAAGGUGGAUUCCAUCGAGGUCCAACAGAUGAAGGCUCAGGCCAAAGAGGAGAAGGCCAGGAAAAAGGUUGAGCGUCAGAUUCUUGCACGGGAGAAGCAGAUGAGAGAGGAAGCGGAGCGAGCGAAAGAAGACAUGGAGCGUCGUCUGUUCCAGCUACAGGACGAGGCUCGAAUGGCCAAUGAAGCUCUACUGCGCUCCGAGGAGACGGCCGACCUUCUGGCAGAGAAAGCCCAGAUCGCAGAGGAGGAGGCCAAACUACUGGCCCACAAAGCAGCUGAAGCAGAACAGGAGAGGCAGAGGCUGGAGGUCACAGCCCUCAAAACCAAAGAGGAGAAGAGACUGAUGGAGCAGAAGAUGAGAGAAGCAGAACAACUGGCAGUUAAGCUUGUAGAGCAGUCGGAGAGGAGACUGAAGGAGGCAGACCACCUGAAACAGGAUCUGAAUGAGGCUAAAGAUGCAGAACGGAGGGCAAAGCAGAAACUCCUGGAAAUCACCAAAUCAACAUACCCUUUAAUAGCAGCAUACUCCAGCCCUCCUCCACCCACCGGGCCAGAGAGUCCAGAUGUGAGCAGCUCCACCAGAAUGGACUUCAAGGACUCGGAUAUGAAAAGACUUUCCAUGGAGAUUGAGAGAGAACGGCUAGAGUACAUGGAGAAGAGCAAACAUCUUCAAGACCAGCUGAAGGAGCUCAAAUCCGAGAUUGAAUCCUUGAAGCUGGAAGAGCAGCAACAGGCUGGACUCUACAGUCUCAGGAGUUACGCUGAACCUCCUUAUGUUCCUCACAGCAAUAGAAAUUCUGCCUACAUGGCUCAGAUGGCCUUCUACGAGGAAGUGUGAAAGAACAAUCCGCUCUGUGUUUGAGGAGCAGGAGGGUCUGGAGGAGCAGUUUGCAGCUAUCACUGAAGCAUGCAUGUACACCAAAAAUGCAGCAACCUCAUAUACUGUGCUUUUAAGAUUAAUAUAUUUCUUUUCCUUUUUUUGAGCAAUUUGGUUUCGUGUACACUUCAGUUCAGGUUUUACUUCUACCACAAAUAGCUUGGCACUUUCAAACACAUGAAACUGUGUUUGUUUAAACUUCACAUGCCAAGAAUAUUUGCUGGAUAUGCAAGGUAUUAAGGGACAUUUCUGAUACAGAUAGUGCCUUCCCAGAUUUCUCAAAACUCUGAAUGAUGAAUUGAUCUUUUCCUGUGGGAUGCUUGAUCAGUUUAACACUAGGUGCCUUUAACAAAUGCCACAUAUAGUGGUUUUAACUACAAUAUCAACAAGUGUCAAUUCAUUUUAUGCAUUUGCAUGUUUUGAACUGUGGAUUGUGUUGUUUUUUUGUUUUUCCCCUUGGUGCUUUUUGUAAGUGUAGAUGAUUGAUAUUUUCCAGUAUACUCCAGUGCUUUUGGAAAAGCUUGCACUACUCAUUGGGCUGAUUGAUUCUCUACCCAUGGACUCUCUCUCGCAGUAUGACUGGUUGUAUAACCCACACGUCAGCUGUAACUACUCUAUCAUAUUCAGCUACAGAGGGAGAUUGAUGGCCUCUCUGUUUAGAAAUGUGCUGUACUCAUCCAUUUUGGCUGGAAAAUCAGACUCGGAGUGUUUUUUGAAUUCGUGACCGUUUUUGAUAUAGUGAUACACAGGCAGAUUUUUGGUUUAUCUACCGUUUUCUAUUCCUAAAUCAACUGACGCUUGGACUUCGUGUCAUGGUUAUGAGCCAUGUUGACAUUUCGGCACAACUACAUCUGAGUAACAUUUCAGAUUACCCCCCCCCCCCUUCAAAAACAGGUUUUUGGUUUUAUUUGAGAACAUCAGAGUGUCCUUUGUUUCAAAAUGCAAAAUGCAAUGUAUCCAGUUACACAGGAGACAUACAUUUUGCACUUCUUUUUAAAUGUUUUGAAUGCUUUUGGGUAUAAAGACAGUGAGUUUGUUGUUGAAACAUUGAUUUGAGAGAAACGUGUGCACUCGAGUAUAAAGGGAUGAGUUGUUAAUUAUGUUGGAGGAGCUGAAAGGUUGUCACGCCUCAUUAUGUUACAGCAUUAAUGGAUUUUGGAGCAAUAUCUUUUGUAAGUACACUACAUGCAUUGCUAAGUCUUAGUUUAAGUGCAAGACAUUCCUGUUAUCGUCAGCAUGACUGUGCACAUUAGCUUGAGAUGUCCUAUGCAGUUGUUCAUGUUUUAAUGAAUGCCGCAACCAAGUUUGUGUUUGUCUUUAUCCAUCUGCACCACAUAAAGAAUCUUGUUUUUGCAUGAACUUCAUGAUCAACAAGGAUCAUAUUCACUCUGUGUUUGAUUGUAACACCCAUCACAGCACAAGUUGCCUUUGUUUAAUAAGUGUGCCAUGGAUUCAGACACAGAUUGUCCAUAUGAAUGUGUGGACGUGCAGUGAAUUGUAAACUGAUAUACAAAUAAACUGCAAAGAUGCAUUUGA